AUGGGUGGAAGAAUAAAUGGGUUUGAUUGGGUGAAGGGUAAAAUUGUUGGAACUGGAUCUUUUGGAAGUGUCCAUCUAGCCAUGAACAAAUCAACCGGCGGACUUUUCGUAGCCAAAACAGCGAAUUCAGAUGCAGGACGUGAUGCUCUCCAGAACGAGGUGAAUAUUCUUAAUACAUUAAAGAAUUCGUCGUCGCAGUCACCGUCGCCCUAUAUUAUACAAUGUUUAGGGUCAGAGUAUGAUCAUCAAGAUAAUAAUAAGCUGCACGUUUUCAUGGAGUAUAUGGCUGGAGGUAGUUUGGCCGACGCAUUACACAAUUUUGGUGGUUCAUUCGAUGAACAUGUUGUUCGUUUGUAUACUAGACAGAUCUUGCUUGGGUUAUAUCAUCUUCACCAACAAGGAAUUGUGCAUUGCGACCUCAAAUGCAAAAACGUGCUUUUGUCCUCGUCUGGGACAGUUAAGCUCGCAGAUUUUGGAUUUGCAAAAAGGAUCAGCAAGGACUCGAGCACGGACAAAUCACCGUCGUCUGUUAUUAAUAACGGGGGCACUCCUCUAUGGAUGGCUCCUGAAGUAUUAUUAGCGACGAAUGUUAAAGAUGAGAGGGCGGUUGAUUUUGCAGCAGCUGACAUAUGGUCUUUGGGAUGUACUGUUAUUGAAAUGGCCACCGGUAGGCCUCCUUGGGUUCAUGAUGAUCUCGUUUCUAUUUCGAAUCCAAUGUCUGCUAUGUUUAAGAUUGCAUGUGGUGAUGGGAUACCUCAAUUUCCAAGUCAUUUCUCUCAGGAGGGUUUCGAUUUCUUGAGGAAAUGUUUGGCGAGAGAUCCCAAUAAGAGGUCUACCGCAAAGGACUUACUUAAUCAUCCAUUCCUUGUUGCAAAUACUUUAACUUAUCACAAACGCUACUGUAAUUCCUCACCAGCAGCUGUCUUGGAUGUUCAUCAAUUUGAGGAUGAUUAUGACGGCGACGAUGAAUCAUAUGAUUAUGAAGAAAAAUUGCCAAGUCCAGAAGGGAGGAAUAAACUCUUGAUGGGAAAUGACUUUGUGUCCCCACAAGGAAAAACAAUAUGGCAACAGGAAGACAGUGCAUCAGGGAAUCAUUGGAUUACCAUUAGAUCAAGGUGA